AAUUUAAUUAAAAAUAAUGUUACUUUGAUGUUAGAUAUAUAUGCUUCGUUAAUUACUGGAGAGACAAUGUGUCAUAUGUAUUGUUUUAAAUGACUACGGCCUUAAAGAAUUGUAUGUAUUUAUAUACAUCCACACGGACAAUUGACAUUCAGCCCCACUGUACAGGGCUGUAUCGUUUUAGCAAUGGCUUUGUUCCUAAACAAACGUCGCUAAGUCCGCCUCUCAUUCGAAUGACAUGACGGAAGCCGUCACACACAAAAAAUGUUUGACACGCAUGAAUGAACUCUGUGAUCCGAGGUUCGAUUUACAGCGAGGAUCCCACAAUCUGUAGUCCCCACGGGGUCUCCACCAGCUCCCUUAUGGCUGUGACGUCAUCAAUAUAUACAUCGAAGACUUGUGUGCGAUAUGUGACACCACUGUAAAAUUAUUGGUAGUGGUACAGUUGUGUAGCUGACAAGACGAAGGAACAUGUCUGCUCGGUGGCCUCCUCCGUCCAGGGCACAGCUCGCAGAGUUUCGAGAAGCUUUUAACAUGUUUGAUAUAAAUAAGACGGGAAGCGUCACGACCAAGGAGCUUGGAGACGUGCUCCGGAGCAUGGGACAGGAACCGUCGGAAACGGAACUCACACACAUGGUGGACGAGGUUGAUGAGGAUGGAAGUGGUUCUAUUGAGUUCGAGGAGUUUGUAGAAAUGAUGAUGAACAAAAUCCACGAGACAGAAUUAGAUGUUGAGCUCAGAGAGGCAUUUACGAUAUUUGACAAAAAUGGCGACGGCUUUAUUGGUCCACGAGAACUAAAGGAAGUCAUGGCCAUGAUGGGAGAACGACUCACCGAGAUCGAAAUCGAUGCUAUGAUCAGAGAGGCGGACACAGAUGGUGACGGCAAAGUUAACUACAAAGAAUUUUACGCCAUGAUAAUGAUGGAACCUGCGUGAGACGCUUCUCGUCUUGAAUAAAAUAUCACGUGGAAUGAUUCUAACUCUGGACUGAAUUCACGUGAUAUGUUUCUACCGGUGGAUUAUAUUCACGUGCAAUUAUUCUACCUCUAGAAUGGAGUUAUUUCGCGUGAGAUGAUUCUGACAUCAUAAUGUUCAUGUCAUCACGUCACACGAUCAUGUGCCAAAUUCGUCGUCCGAAAACAUUCAUGGAUCUUCAUUUCGUCAAGACACCAUUUCUUUAAUAGCUUGGACUGUCAGAAUUCCAUUGAUGAUGUGAUACAUUGAGAUCAUGAGACUGUGAGAAAAAGACCAUUUAACAGUGAGAACGUUUUGUAGUUUGACGAAUCUUGUACGACAUUCAUCAUAAUAACGUUUUUGUGAUCGGCAGGACUUGUAUUUGAAGGACAAUGUUGGGCUAUGAGUUUUUCUAGCCCAGUUCUAUUACGAAACUGCUGAAUUUUUUUCUCCAUUAUGUAAAAAAACCUACAUGUUAAGAGUGCUUGUGUCUGUGAUAAGCUGUCUAUGGUGAAUGGGAUACUAAAAAUGUGACACCCGUGUAUAAUAUCCAGAGAAAACACAGUAUAAUGUAUAUAGCUAUUCACAAAUACCAUGUACAUUUUACAUGGCUAUUAUCAAAAUGUAUGUUUUGCAAAUUUUGUACCUGUAUAAAUUAUCCUUUGUGAAUGUUUAUGCGAAUAAAAUUUAAAAAAUUUUGGAAGACAUGCCGUUUUAUUUUGCAUUUACAGCUUUGCAAUCACAAAUUCAUUUUGUAUAGCUUGAUUUUAAUAACGCGUUAUCACAAGACU